AUGAAGGUGUACAUCGAAGUCUUGAACGAGAACGAUAACGUCCCUUUGAGCGAAGAGGCGGUUUACUAUCCAAACAUACCUGAAGAGAGCCCCGAAGGCACGACGGUCCUUCAAAUAAGAGCCGCGGAUCGGGAUAAGGACCCGCACCAAAAAAUAACAUACAAGAUCAGCUCGGGCAAUCCGGAGGGUUUUUUCGCAAUCAACUCGAGCACAGGUGUCAUUUCCACGACGUCUAGAAAAUUGGACCGAGAAACGCAGGCCGAACAUAUUUUAGAGGUGCUGAUCAGCGAUAACGGAUCUCCGGCUCUCUUCUCUACGACUCGAGUGGUGGUUGCCGUCGACGACGUAAACGACAACGUUCCAGAAUUCGAGCAAAUAUCCUACGAGAUCCAAAUCCCGGCGAUAAAAAGCGAAAGCGAUCAACCUCUUUUCCAGAGAGACACGCCCUACCACGAUUUCGAAGAGUUCGAUGACGCCCCGUCAAGGGACGAAGAUAUUUGGGAGACUUUCGGGCCCGGCGACGUUUUAGGGCUCGAUAAAGUGUUGCGGGUUUUGGCGUUCGACCGAGAUAUAGGGCAAAACGCUCAAUUAAAUUACCAUAUUAAAUCUGGAAAAGGUCGGACCAAAUUCAAAAUUGAUAAUGGCACUGGCAUAGUGUACGCUCAAAAACCACUCGCUGUCGGAGAGGAAUACGAAUUGAAUAUAAAAGUUACCGAUUCGGGGGAUCCACCGAAGCAUAAUGUUUGCAAAGUUGUCGUACGCACCGUAGCGAUUCUGUCGACAUCAAAACAUCCGCCUGUUAUUGUGAAAAAUCCUUUGCCUGUGAAGUUAACAGAAAGCGACGAAAUAGGACUUCUAGUAGCUUCGAUUUCCGCCAGCGAUCCUGAUAACGAUACUCUUUGGUACGAUAUCGUCGAUGGUAACGAACGCAAUGAUUUCUUCAUCGGUAGAGACAUCGGCAACAUCCUAAUAGCCCAACGAUUGGAUUACGAGACUCAAAACGAGUACUCCUUAAACAUAAGCGUCACAGAUUCAGUCCACACCAUUUACACGCGACUAAAUAUCUCAAUACUGGAUAUAAACGACAACAGACCUGCCUUCUCGAGCAGUACUUACAAAGUGGAAAUAUCCGAAGCAGUACCUCUCUACACCGACAUAUUCAAGCUGAAAGCGACUGAUAGAGACUCCAACGAGAACCUCGUGUAUAGUUUCCACUGCGCCGAAAACAUUAUUUCGUUAAGGACGUUUAUGAUCAACCAUUCCACGGGAGUGAUAUCCUUGGCCGCCAGCUUGGAUAGGGAGUCUCUAAACGAACACGUGCUCACAGUGAUGGUCAAAGACGGCGGCAUCCCGGCCAAAAAGAACUUCGCCCGCGUCCACAUCAUCGUCCACGAUCACAACGAUCACACCCCCACGUUCGCCGACAAGAUCCUCGUGGGGAAAGUCUUCGAAUCCUCCGCCGUAGGCAGCGCCGUACUAAGGGCGUACGCGGUGGACCACGACCGAGGCGAGAACGCCCGCAUAUCCUACUCGAUCAUCUCCGGCAACGUCGGCAACGUGUUCAAAAUCGACGCGGAGAUGGGCACCAUCAGCGUGGCGCGGGAGCUGGACCUCACCACCGUCAAGGAGUACACUUUGCACGUGAAGGCCACCGAUCACGGCCAACCGCCGCUCUCGUCGACCGUUCCCGCGCACAUUAUGAUCACCAUGGCGGACAACGCGCCGCCCAAAUUCGUGGCGAAAGAACUGGCGGCGGAGAUCUACGAAGACCAGCCGCUGGGGAGCUACGUGGCGCACUUGGAGGUGAAGAGCACCUCGUCGUUGCAGUUCGAAAUCAUCUCCGGGAACGACGGCGGCGCUUUCGUCAUCAGCCCGAGCACCGGCGUACUCACCACUAAUAAAUAUUUGGAUUACGAGACCGUCAAGUAUUACAAUCUCUCCAUCAUUGCUACUAAUAUGGCAUCGAUUUCGGCGACCUGUAACAUCGUUAUCCACAUAUUGGAUCGCAACGAUAACGUCCCGGAGUUCUUACAAUCAAAUUACUACGGUACGAUAAGCGAAUCGGCUCCGAUUCAAUCUCUGAUUUUAACGAACACGAGCGAUCCGUUGGUGAUAAAGGCGUUCGACGCCGAUUCCGAGGGAAAUUCCCUCUUGGAAUACACCAUAGUCGAAAACUUGCCGAGACGGUACUUCGAGAUAGACAGCAAUACGGGCGCUAUUAGAGUGAUUAGGUUGUUAGACCACGAAACGCACGCCAGUUUUACGUUUCACGUGCAAGUAUCCGAUUUAGGGUCGCCUAAAUUAUCAUCCGAUACGACGGCUAGGGUCGAUAUAGACGUUAUCGACGUUAACGAUUCCCCGCCGAUAUUCGACAGUCCUAUCUACAACGUCACUUUGUUGCUGCCUCUGUACAGAAACGUCGCCGUAGUCGAAGUAAACGCUACCGAUCCCGAUGGCACCGAAACCGGUACCCUUCGGUACGACAUAAUCGAAGGAAACAAACUCGGCAUAUUCGACAUAAACUCCAAAACCGGCUUGAUAACUUUAGCGAAACCCGACGAUUUGAAACCCUCGUACAAACUCCACGUGAGAGUAUCCGACGGAAAAUUCUCCAACGUAGCCAAAGUGUACGUGAGAGUCGACGAAUCCGACAACUCGGGUCUAAUCUUCCAAAAAUCCUUCUACGAAGGCACCGUGGUGGAGAACUCCACGAAAAUCAACCACGUCUGCGUCGUCAACGUGCUCGGCAGCUCGCUGAACGAGCACGUCGAGUUCCGCAUACUCAAUCCCACGAACCUGUUCACCAUCGGGCCCACGUCGGGCGUGAUCAGAACCACCGGCCUGGAGUUCGACAGGGAGAUCCAGGACAAGUACGAGCUCAUCGUGGAGGCCAAGAGCAACGCGCCGCCGCGCGAUCGCCCGCGCGUCGCCCACGUCAUCGUUAACGUUACCGUUUUGGACGUUAACGAUAACUGCCCGAUGUUCGUGAAUUUGCCGUACUACGCGGUGGUGUCGGUGGACGAUGAGAAGGGUAGUACCAUCACGAAAGUGCACGCGGUGGAUCUGGAUAGCGCUGAGAACGGGGAGGUGCGGUACGAGCUCAUCAAAGGCCACGGGGAACUGUUCAAAGUCCAACGGGAUUCCGGUAAUAUUGAAAUCAAGCAGAAUUUGGAAGGCCACAACAAGGAGUACGAGCUACUGAUCGCUGCGUAUGAUAAGGGAAUCACGCCGUGUCGAACCGAUGUAACUGUACACAUCAAGGUGAUAGACAGGUCUAUGCCGGUUUUCAAAAAGCAAUUUUAUUCGGAGUCAAUACCGGAAAAUGUCGAAUUACAUUCGCCGUUGUCGAUUUCCAUCGAAGCCGAGUCACCGCUGUCUAGGAAACUUAUUUAUAGCAUUGUUAAAGGAAACGAGAUGGAGCAAUUUGCGCUCGAUUUUAACACAGGUGUAAUAUCGGUGGUAGACGAACUCGAUUUCGAAGAAAAAUCCCUGUUCGACCUGAUCAUCAGAGCCACCGACUCUGUAUCGGGAGUGUACGCGGAAGUGCCGGUGUCCAUAGUCCUGCAAGACGUCAACGAUUGUCCGCCGGAAUUCACCGAGGAAAAUUACAACGUAUCGAUAUCGGAGGCGGCGCAAUUCGGCACCCCUAUACUCACCGUCCUAGCCCUCGACGGCGAUACGGGAAUUAACAAGGAGAUCACCUACUCCAUCGCCAAGGACGACGGUAAAGAGAGCGAGUAUUUCUUCAUCGACGAGGACGACGGGACCAUUUACUUGAAGCAGUCUCUGGACCACGAAGAGGCUAACUUGCACCAUUUCGUCGUCGUGGCGACCGAUAGAGGAGUGCCCAGUUUGGCCAGCACCACACACGUCUGGUUGAAAGUGCUGGACAUGAACGACAACCCGCCGAAGUUCGAGCAAUCGAGCUACGCCUGCGGCCUGUCGAUCGGCGCCAAGCGCGACCAAUUCGUCACCGUGGUGCGGGCGAGCGACCUCGACGAAGUCGACGCCGACAACCUGCGCUACUCCAUAGCGAACGGCAACGAUCACCAGACGUUCUCCAUGGAUCCCGCCACGGGCGUGGUGACGCUGACCAACUUGGCCAACUUCGGCGCGCAGCCCGUCAUGCUGCUGAACGUGUCGGUCUCCGACGGCGUCUACACGGCGUUCGCGCGGCUCAAAGUCGAGCUGUUGCCGGCCAACGCGCACCCGCCGCUCUUCAUGGACAUCAUCAGGGACGUGCAGGUGCCCGAGAACCGGCUGCCGGGCUAUCCGGUGACGGUGGUCAACGCCAGCGACGCGGACAUGGGCGAGUUCGGGGUGGUUACGUACGGUAUUCACUCGCCGGCGCUCGCCGAGGUGUUUUCGAUCGAGAAAAAUUCCGGUAAGGUCACCACGAAAGUGAAAUUGGAUAGAGAGAAGCACAAGAUGUACGAGAUACUGGUCAGCGCCACCGAUGGCGGUGGUUUGUCCGAUUUUAUGACGGUUAGAGUUAAAGUUACCGAUGAAAAUGAUAAUCCUCCAAAAUUUUUGUUGAAAGAAUAUAAAGUUAGUAUACAUUCUAAUCUAACUACCAGCACCAGUUUCGCUAGAGUUAAAGCUACCGACGACGACGAUGGUUCCAACGCGGAAAUCACUUACUCAAUCUACGAGAAGAGACAAUCCGAAGUAGGGAGUAUAUUCGGUAUAAAUCACGUUACCGGGGAACUUUUCCUGCUCAAAAACGUUUAUACUUUUGUUGGUAAGACUUUUCAAUUUUUCGUAAGAGCCACCGAUCGCGGACGACCGGAAAGACAUUCGGACGUUCCAGUUAACGUGCUGAUUAUGGGACCAAAGGAUUACCCGCCGAUUUUCGAAAGGGACGUCGGGAAAUUCUUCUUAUCGGAAAACUCCGCUACAGGAACUGUUAUAACAAGACUGAAAAUGAUCUCCAAUAUAUCCGUCAAUUACGAGAUAAUAUCCGAUUCUGACGAAGAUCCCCAAUUCACCAUCGACUCCCAAGGGCAAAUAUCGCUGGCGAAGCCGCUGAAUUUCGAAGCCCAAAGUUCGCACUUCAUCGGCGUCCUGGCCCUAACCGACUCCAGCCCGCCGCUGGUUGCUCUCGCCGAAAUCGUCCUGCAAGUUCAGGACGAAAACGAUCACGCGCCGCAAUUCGAGAGCAACCUCUAUCACCUCAAUCUGGCCGAAAACGUACAAGAAGGGAGAUCGGUCCUAAGAGUGAUGGCUCAUGAUGAAGACCAAGGCAACAACGGCGAGAUCCGGUACAACUUCGGCCCGGACAUCGGAGCAACGGCGAAUCUCUUCGCUAUAGACGUCCAUACAGGAUGGAUUAGCGUCAUCGCCAAAUUGGACAAGGAAGUGAAGCCCGAGUACAAAUUCUUCGUGACGGCCACCGAUAACGGAUCGCCCAAGCACUCGGCCAGGACGACCGUGCUGAUUCGAUUGAAGGACUACGACGACAGUCCUACGACGUUUAAGGAAAGAUUUUACAACAGCUCGGUGAAGGAGGACGCUUUACCCGGAACUGUUGUGUUGACUUUGGAUACUAGAGAUGACGAUAUAGAUUUAUCCACUCCUGUUGAGUUUUAUAUUGUAUCAGGCGAUAUCAGCGCAGACUUUCAAGUUAAACAAACCGGUGAAAUAUACGUAGCAAAAGCUUUGGAUCGUGAGAAGAUUCCUGUUUAUAAUUUAGAAGUAAUAGUCACCGAUGGAUUGUAUACGGAUAAAGCUAACAUUCAAGUGGUUAUUGAAGAUGUUAAUGAUAAUCCUCCUUAUUGCAUGAAGCAUAGAUACCGCGAAACGUUAUCGGAAGGACGAAUUCCAGGAUCCUACGUCCUGACAGUUCUAGCGACCGAUAUAGACGGACCUGAACACUCGAAAUUACGCUACGUUUUGAGCGGUAACGGUUCGGAAAACUUUUCACUAGACAAAGAAACGGGCAUAUUAAAAACCGUCGCUUACUUGGACAGAGAAAAGCAAUCCAAAUACUUACUCACCGCUCACAUACACGACAAAGAAGUGGCCGUCUGGGAGUGCUCCUCUAAAAUCGAGCUGAUUAUAUCCGAUCUGAACGACAACGCGCCCUUGUUCUCCCUACCUUACUAUUCCAUCAGCCUACCGGAGGACGUGGAAGUGGGAAUUUUAGUGACGAAAAUCCACGCAUCGGACGCCGACGUCGGCAUCAACAGAAAAGUGAAAUACUCGUUCAUAGACUCCUUCCACGACCAUUUCCGCAUCGAAUCCGACAGCGGCAUCGUCACCCUAGCCAAACCCCUCGACCGGGAACUCCGAGCCAUGUACAAUCUAACCAUCCAGGCCACCGACCAGGGCGCUCCGCAGCUGACCAGCACCGUGCAGCUCGUCGUCAACGUGCAAGACAUCAACGACAACCCGCCGGAGUUCGAGACCAAGUACUACUUCGCCAUUGUGCCGGAGAUCGACAACGUCGGCACCGAAAUAGCGCGCGUGCUGGCCACGUCCAAAGACAUCGGAGCCAACGCUGAGGUCUACUAUUCCAUCAUCGGCGGCAACGAGCACAAGAAGUUCGCGGUGGAUAACAAAACCGGCGUGAUCACCAUCGCCGACGCGCUGGAUUUCGAAAGGGCCAAGGAUUAUUUCCUCACUAUUCAAGCUAUCGACGGUGGGCUUCCUCCGCUGAGCAACGUAGCUACCGUGAAUAUUACCGUGGUGGAUUGUAACGACAACGCGCCCGUUUUCAAUCAGGCUUCGUACAGCGCUAGGAUUAAAGAAGACGCGCAAAUCGGGGAUAAAAUACUGCAGAUUGUCGCUACCGAUUUGGAUAGCGACAAAAACGGAGAAGUCUCGUACUCGAUCGUAAAGGGCAACAAUCAAGGGCAGUUCGAAAUCGACGAAAAGACCGGCUACGUUUACGUGGCGGCCGAUUUGGACCGAGAAACCGUGUCCAGUUACGUGUUGGAAAUAUUGGCCAAAGACAGCGGCGUGCCGGUGCUAUCCAGGCAGACUUUGCUCAACAUCGAAAUAUCGGAUGCCAACGAUAACGCGCCGGUAUUUUCGCAGACCAAUUACAGUGUCAUCGUGCAGGAGGACAAACCCUUCGGCUAUUCCAUCUUGAAAUUCGACGUAACCGACGACGAUACGAUUCCCAACACGGUUCCCUACACGUUCGACUUCCGCAGCGGCAACGAAGGCAACAGCUUCAGAUUAGACCAAGACGGCGUUCUCAGAACAGCGACUAAAUUCAACCAUAAACUCAGAGAUACUUAUUUGCUGCAAAUCCGAGUGUUCGACAACGGCAGCCCGCCGCUGUUCUCCGACACCUGGGUGGUGGUGAAAGUGAUAGAAGAGUCCCAGUACCCGCCGAUAAUAACUCCUCUGGAAGUGAACAUUAACAGUUACCUAGACGAAUAUCCCGGCGGUAUAAUCGGUAGAGUUCACGCCAAUGAUCCGGAUCAAUACGACACUUUAAGCUUCGCUCUGUCACCGACCGCUGGGAUUUCUUAUCCCACGUACGAGCUGUUUACGAUCAAUAAAACGGACGGUACUUUGAGAGCGCUACCUCGCUUAGAUGCCGGGGAUUAUAGACUGAAUGUAACCGUCACGGACGGGAAGUACACCACGCACGCUAUAGUGAAAAUCAACCUGGAAAUCCUCUCGGAGAACAUGCUAGAAAACGCUGUUGGAGUACGAUUCAGAGACGUCAAACCCGAAACGUUCGUUCUAAGCCAUCGAAAAGGCUUCGUGCGAGCCAUCCGAAACGCAAUGAACUGCAGACUGAAAGACGUUAUAAUCAUAAGCGUCCAAUCGUCCGCCAACGAAGACUCCCACCGAACCAAACGCUACAGCAACAAAGACCUCGACGUGCUAUUCACCGUGCACAAACCCGAAGAAGGCUAUUUCCCCGCCGACACCAUCCGAAAAACCCUCAACGACAAUCUCCAAGAACUCGAAGAGAGCACCAAGCUCGUCGUCGAGGAGAUAGUGAAGCUGAAGUGCAGCAACCAGUACUGCGUCUACGGCCUCUGCCAGGACCACUACGUGCUGGACGCCGGCAGCGUCGAUCCGAUUUGCACGGACGUCACCAGCUUCGUGUCGCCCAAGCACCGGCAGCGGCUCGAGUGCGUCUGCAAGGAGGGCUACGGCGGCGACAAGUGCGACGCCAUCGUCAACGAGUGCGCCCGCCAGCCGUGCGAGCCGUUCAAGCUGUGCGUGCCCGACUCCUCGCCGCUGGGCUACUCGUGCCAGUGCCCCGAGGGGUACGCCGGCGCCGGCUGCGAGGUGGACGUGUCCAAGUGCCACGACAACAACUGCUACAUCGCGCGGAAUCCGAUUUCGUUCGGCGGCAAGAGCUACUCGCAGUACAGGAUCAUCAACAAGAAGUCGAUCGAGGAUAGGUUCAGUUUGAGUUUGAGGCUGAGGACCGUUCAGCCCACGGGGAAUAUCCUCUAUGCUGCCGGGAAAAUUGAUUAUAUUAUUCUCGAGAUCGUGAACGGCAGGAUCCAGUUCAGAUGCGAACUGGGCAGCGGCGAAGGAAUCGUCCGCAUUCCGAACGUCUUCAUAUCGGACGGCAACUGGCACGAGAUAAAGCUCGAACGGGACCGCAACAACGCGAAGAUCUUCAUCGACGGCAUCCACAACGCGCAAGGCUCCACGCCGGGCAUCAACGAGAUCCUGAACCUCCAAAGCGACGAGCUCUAUCUGGGCGCCGAGGUGCACCAGCACCCCUCGGUGCUCGGCUUCGAGGACAUCCAAAAGGGCUUCGUGGGCUGCAUGGACGACAUCCGAUUGUCGCGCGUGUCGGUGCCCCUGCACAAAUCCGGCGAGAACUCCGUGGUGAUCCUGAAGCGGUUCGCCAACGUCGAGUUCAGCUGCGACACGUCGAGCGUGCUGGUGCCGGCCGGGCCGUGCGGCUCGCAGCCCUGCAUGAACGGCGGCACCUGCAAGGAGACGAACAACGGCUACGAGUGCUAUUGUCACGCGAGGUACAAGGGCAGCCUGUGCGAGCGCGACACCGAUCCGUGCGCGUCCUCGCCCUGCCUGUUCGGCGGCAAAUGCACGCCCACCGUUACAGGGGACUUUACUUGUGAGUGCGUUAAUAGGCUGACGGGGAAACGGUGCGAGUACGGUAAAUAUUGCUCGCCGAAUCCAUGCAAACACGGCGGCGUGUGCGAGGAGGGCGACGAGGGACCGUUGUGCAAAUGCCGGGCGUUUACCGGCGAACAUUGCGAGUUCGAUUUGAACGAAUGCGAAUCGUCGCCGUGCCAAAACAGCGGUACGUGCAUCAACGAUUUCGGUUCGUUCCAUUGCGUUUGUCCGCCGAACGUUACCGGUACUUUUUGCACGAACAUAAUUUACACUGGAUCGUUUGCAACCUUCUACAAAGCCAUAAAAGACUACAUCUUCUACAUCGUCGGCCUCGCCGGAUUCUUCCUGGUGCUCGUAAUAGCCAGUUGCGUGUGCUGCAUAUGCUACUGCAGGAACAAGAGGAAGCGCAACCUGAACAACGGCAACAUCAACAUCAAGGAGAACAUCGUGUUGAAUUCGAAUCGAUCGCACGAGCUGUCCGAGUUCAAGCGCGGCUCGAAGAUCAGCAACCUGGAGAUCAACCAGCGCGAGCUGCCGGCCCAUCAGCCGCGGCCCGUCUCCUACACGCCGAGCUCGCAGAACGAUCCGCUCUACGCGGGCAACAGCUACAAUCCGGCGACGGUGAUGCUGAACAAUCUGGACACGUUGCGCAGCUACGGUUCGGCCGGCGACGAGCUGGAGAACGCGCAGCACGACUACGUGCGGCCCGACUACGUGAAGAACCUGAACAGGAACACGCCGCCGGGUUGCAUCAGCAACCACUACGACGCCGAGAAGUCGACGUUCGCCGAGCAGAUGCACUCGCUGAGCGACCGGUCGAAGAUCAAGAAGGGGUCGAACGUGCUGCCGGAGUACGUCAAGGUGGCGGCUUCGAAUAACUGUGAUAUUACGAAUAGACUGUACGGCGGUCGGAGCAACGGCGCCAAUAAUAUUAAGAGCAACGGUACCGUUGGCGGCGACGAGCAGCGGAAUACUGGAAGUUAUCAUUGGGACUGUUCGGAUUGGGCGCGUCAUAGCCAGACAUUGCCUAACAUAACAGAGGUGCCCGGCAGCGAAAUACCCGAUUCCUCUAGCUUUCACAGUAACGAAAGUAACGAAUCCCAUUACCAUCCGCAUGUCGCGUCCAUAUCAGGCAACUAUCAGGACGCUCGUCGGGAUAUCGAGACGCUCAACGAAGAGAACGAAAUGCUCUAUAACGACGUGUACAGAACGAAUCGAAUCAGUCCCAGUCUCAGCGGUCUCGAUAGCGGUAACGAAGAAUUUAGAUUCACCACAGCCGAAAGUUACGCACGUCAUCCGAAUACCUAUUUACCAGCGCACGAAUACAACAUUCCAACAGAAGCGGACGAUUUGCACAGCCCGGAAGGCGAUUCCGACGACGUAGAACCCUACGGAUUUCCUAGUAAUAGAAAUAGAAGAAAAAACUGUGAUGAUGAUAUUGCAUCUGUAAUUACCACUUUAGAAGAAAGACAUUCCUUGCUGGGCGGCUACGCGAGCAGCGAUCUCUCGGCGAAUCUCUGCGAAAUCGAAGACUCCGAAUGCGAAUCGGAACACAAGCCGUUGAACAACAGCUAUUUGGGCAGCGUGCAACAAACUUCGGUCUGACGAAAACCCAACACGGGUACGAUCCGAUUGACCCGUUUUAUUGGAUAGUAUCGACACAAGAUGAUCGACGCCGCGGCGCCGCCGCCGUCGCCGCCGAAGCCGCCGCCGCCGCCGAUCCACGACGUUCAUUUGUAAAGUUCUUCGUUAUUAAUUCGAAACGUGAUUUAUUUUUCCUCUUCGUGGGAGACGAUUUAGGUUAGUAACAUUUUAGCGCACUAAUUUUUAACUAACCACAAACAGUUCGGGAAUUGAUGAUUCUAAUAGAGAUGUAAAAGUAUCGUAUAGCCUGCAUAUCAAAAAUUUACAGUUAAUAGAGGAGUUUAAAAAUGAUUUGUUUUUGGUAGCCUCUAUUUAUUUAAAUAUAAUUCGUGAUAGACUGUGUAGGUAGCGUUUCGGCGAAAUUCCUCCUUUAACUGGGAAGCUACUUAGUAUUGUGUAUAUAGAUAAUUUAAAAAAAAUCGAAAUCUAAAUAUUUUUGUAAACGUUAGAAAGAACAGAUUACAGGGUAUAUUUAACACCCGCUAGAAAAAUUAAUCAUGUUAAACGGUGUUAAAUAUAUUUAAAUUAUUAAUCGAUCGAGUAUUUUGAAUUUGGGCCACAGAAUCGUAUCGUUUCGUUGAAUGUGCAUCUCACAACAAUUAGAUAGUUAAUGUUAAGAAAUAAUUAUUAAUAAAUCGAUCGAUAUAUUGACGUGUUAAUAGUAAAUCUACACUGAAAAAAAGCACAAUUUUAAUAAAAAAAUAAUAACUUAUUAAUAAACUCUCGCUACAGAACUGAUUUUUUGAAUAAUAGGAUGAUGAAUUUUGUACUUUAUUUGUAAGAGUGGAAUUUUAGAUUUAUAUAUCUAAAAAAAUGCGCGAAUACUCCACGACUUGGCGUAUCCGCGUUUUAAUUAAUUAUAUGUUAAAAAUUUCGGACAAAACUUUUUCUAUGCGAUUUCGAAUUCCUGUAAUUAAGUUUUUCUAUAUUGAGUUGUUGCAUUGUAAUGUGCCUAAUGAUAAAAAAAUUAAAAUGACGGCAGCUCAAUUGACUCAUCAAACUAUUUAAAUUAUACGUAUUUUUUAAAGACUUUUUUUGUUAUGUGCACGUAAAUCUGAAAAUAAUUUCGAUGUUUUUCCAGUUUUUUUACAUGAAAAGUUCGAAAAAAGUUUUCCCCUUUUUUCGAACAAGGUGUUUAACAAUUCCAUUAGAAUUAGGAUUUUUAUUUCAUUAGGAUCUCAAACAAUUCCAUUAGGAAAGUAUGGCAGGAUUACGCAGGAUUUCUUCCAACCUUCAGUGCGAUAUUUUAGUCUUUUACGACAUUUUAAUUAUUCAGAUUUGCGUGUAAUUUUAAUUAAAUACUCUUAAUUUAGUCACUUUUUUUAUUUUUAAGAAAAGUGUCAUUUUUUGUUAAUACCAUUAUACAUAAAAAAAUGUAAUUUUUAAAUUAAAAUGUUCGAAAUGAA